CUUGCGGAGGUCGGGAGUCGCCUGACCGGAUGGUAGAAGUUUUGUGUAGCGACUGGAGUUUUAUUUCUCGUAUUGAGUCUACUAGUGCCUUUCGUUGCAAUCUUUAACGAUAGUUUCCUUAUAUUUCUGGAUGUUCGAUUAUUCUGUUGAGAACUAUUAAACAAAACAAACAGAAGUAGAGACUGCUUCCAAACAAAAGUGGACCAAGUAUCUAUCCAUUCCCAGUUUACGAAUCCAAAGUAAAACCAAACCUAGCGGUAAACAGCUAUGGGGAACCGGGGGAUGGAGGACUUGAUUCCCCUCAUCAAUAAAUUGCAAGACGCCUUCAGUUCCAUCGGACAGAGCUGUAACUUGGACCUACCGCAAAUCGCUGUGGUUGGAGGGCAGAGCGCCGGGAAAAGCUCAGUCUUGGAAAAUUUCGUCGGGAGGGAUUUUCUUCCUCGAGGGUCAGGCAUUGUCACCCGCAGGCCUCUUAUCCUUCAACUGGUGCACAACAAAGCAGAAUAUGCAGAGUUCCUGCACUGUAAGGGACGGAAGUUUGUGGAUUUUGAGGAGGUGCGGAUGGAGAUUGAAGCAGAAACAGACAGAAUCACAGGAUCCAAUAAGGGCAUCUCCCCCAUCCCCAUCAACCUGAGAGUGUACUCUCCGCAUGUGCUGAACCUGACCCUGAUUGACCUCCCGGGAAUGACCAAGGUGGCGGUGGGGGACCAGCCCCUGGACAUCGAGCACCAGAUCAGAGACAUGCUGCUGCAGUUCAUCACUAAAGACAGCUGCCUGAUUCUGGCUGUCACUCCUGCCAACACUGACCUGGCCAACUCCGACGCCUUGAAGAUUGCAAAGGAGGUGGAUCCACAAGGUCUGCGUACCAUCGGCGUGAUCACCAAGCUGGACCUGAUGGACGAGGGAACAGAUGCCAGAGACAUCCUGGAGAACAAACUGCUGCCGCUACGCAGGGGCUACAUUGGUGUGGUGAACCGCAGUCAGAAGGACAUUGACGGGAGGAAGGAUAUCCGCGCAGCGCUGGCUGCUGAGAGAAAGUUCUUCCUGUCUCACCCUGGGUACAGACACCUAGCCGAGCGCAUGGGCACCCCUCACCUGCAGAAAACCCUCAACCAGCAAUUGACCAAUCACAUACGAGACACUCUGCCAGGCCUACGCAGUAAGCUGCAGAGUCAGCUGCUCUCUCUGGAGAAGGAGGUUGAGGAGUACAAGAAUUUUCGCCCUGAUGACCCCACCCGCAAGACUAAGGCCCUUUUGCAGAUGGUGCAGCAGUUUGGGGUGGACUUUGAAAAACGGAUUGAGGGUUCUGGGGACCAGGUGGACACGGUGGAGCUGUCGGGUGGAGCCAGGAUAAAUCGGAUUUUCCACGAGAGAUUCCCCUUUGAGCUGGUCAAGAUGGAGUUUGAUGAGAAAGAGUUGAGACGAGAGAUAAGUUAUGCUAUCAAGAACAUCCAUGGUGUGAGAACGGGCCUGUUCACUCCAGACCUGGCCUUUGAAGCCAUCGUGAAAAAGCAGUUGGUUAAGCUGAAAGAGCCGUGUCUCAAAUGUAUCGAUCUGGUCAUUCAGGAGCUCAUCAACACAGUCAGGCAGUGCACCAACAAGCUGGGUUCCUACCCCAAACUGAGAGAGGAAACCGAGAGGAUUGUCACCACCUACGUCCGUGAGAGAGAGGGCAAGACCAAGGACCAGGUUCUGCUGCUGAUUGACAUUGAGCUGUCCUACAUCAACACCAACCAUGAGGACUUCAUUGGCUUCGCCAAUGCCCAGCAACGGAGUGCUCACGUGAACAAGAAGAGGGCCAUGCCAAACCAGGUGAUACGGAGAGGCUGGCUUACCCUCAAUAUCAGUAUCAUGAAGGGGGGGUCCAAAGACUACUGGUUUGUCCUGACAGCAGAGUCCCUGUCCUGGUACAAGGAUGAGGAGGAGAAGGAGAAGAAGUACAUGUUGCCGCUGGAUAACCUGAAGCUUAGAGAUGUGGAGAAAGGCUUCAUGUCCACUAAACACAUCUUUGCCAUCUUCAACACAGAGCAGAGGAACGUGUAUAAGGACCUGCGGCAGGUGGAGCUGGCCUGUGACACUCAGGAGGAUGUGGACAGCUGGAAAGCUUCAUUCCUCCGGGCAGGAGUGUACCCCGAAAAAGACCAGGUGGAGAGUGAGGAGGGGGUACCAGCCGACACCUUCUCCAUGGACCCCCAGCUGGAGCGGCAGGUGGAGACCAUCCGCAACCUGGUGGACUCCUACAUUGGCAUCGUCAACAAGUCCAUCCGUGACCUCAUGCCCAAGACCAUCAUGCACCUGAUGAUCAACAGCGCGAAGGACUUCAUCCACUCAGAGCUGCUGGCGUACCUGUACUCCUCGGGAGAUCAGAACUCUCUGAUGGAGGAGUCGGUGGAGCAGGCCCAGAGACGGGACGACAUGCUGCGUAUGUACCACGCCCUGAAGGAGGCGCUACUGAUCAUCGGAGACAUCAGCACCUCCACCAUCUCCACCCCCAUGCCCCCCCCCGUGGAUGACGACUGGAUACAGAAUGACCCCAGUCCUCCUGCAUCACACAGAGCUGCAGCUGUGGCCCCGCCCCCUGGCCGCCCCCCAGCAGUGAGGGGGCCGACUCCAGCCCCCACCCUGAAUCCCAGCCCUGCAUUCGGAGCUCCGCCCAUCCCAUCUCGCCCAGGCCCGCCUGUCAAUGCCUUGGGUUCAGACCCCCCUCAGAUCCCAUCCCGCCCUGCGAGAGUGCCCCCUGCACUGCCCCCUGGUGUCCCAAACAGAAGGCCCCCCACUGCCCCAGCUCGUCCCACUGUAAUCCGCCCAGCUGAGCCGUCUUUACUGGACUAGACUGGGGGUUCGGGGGGCUGCUGGGAUGGCCAUCAGCCAGGGGGCGGAGCCACAGGGUAAACCCAGGUAACUGAGGGGGGUCCAAAUAUAGGGGCUGGGCCCAAAAUUGGUCAAAGUUUUUAAUAUGCACACUCACACUGACUCACUCACUCACGCACACACACAGAGACACACACACGCACACAUGCAUGCAUGCAUGCAUGCACACACACACACACAGAAACACACACA